AAAAAUAAAAAAUAAUAAAAAAUUGUUUUUACCCCCUUAUUUCUUUUAAUGAGUAAACCAAGAGAACUAAUAAAGAAGAGCAAUUCGUUUUCUAAUGAAAACUUCGUUCAUGAAAGCCCUGUUCAGAACAAGUUUCAAAAGCAGUUCGGUAAGAGCGGCUUGAACAGGUCUUUCACCACCAAUGACUUCAAUAUGAAACAAUCCUUUGCUUCUCUCAAAGACGACGAUUUCAGUAUUGGUGACGACUCAAACGACGGAGAAAAAAAAGCUACGUCUGUCAUUCCACUUAAACGAUCAGAAUCUGCAGUUGGUCUCAAGCACUAUUUAAAACCAAAGAAGCAAAAUCUUGGACCAGUUGAAAAGACCAUUCGCCGUCUAGAGCAAGAAGAACAAUGGACACCUGCAUUUGAUAUGUCAUUCGAUUCAUUUGAGGCCGAUACAACAGAACUGAAGGACGCACUUGAAGAUGAAUUACCCAUUAUGAAAAGAGCAUUCAACAUGGAACCACUCGCACCAUUGGAUACAUUUACGGAACUUGAUGAAUCUUUAGUUAAAUCAGAUAACACCGACUUGACUGAGAAAGACGUUGAGUACGGUCCACCCAGAGAAUUCGAGUUGCCUUAUUUGCCUGAUGAUGACUGCAUAAUUGACUAUUCUGUGUUUUCUGGCAAUGCGGAUCAUUUGUCGUACCAAUUCUUUAGACACACCAAUAAAGACAAAGACGUGUUUGAAUUUGAUUCAAUUGACGAUAUUGAUGCUAUUGAUCCAUUCAGCAACGAAGUCUUUGAUCACAAAGGAUUCUUUUAUGAUACGACGGAUGGGGAAGUUGAGAUGACGGAUGACGAGGAUACGAGCAGUGGAGAUAUUCACGCACCUUAUCACGAUUAUCUGUUCGAUGUUGAAAGCUUCUUGCAAACCAUUUGAAAUUAGCGUCACGCUUUUUUUUUUAAUUUUAUUUCCCUCUCUCUCUCUCUCAUUAUCGCUUCUUUAAA